GCAGACUAUCGACAUCUCAUGGUUCCGCUGUAGAAAUGGCCUCCUCCAGUCACCUAGCUAUAAAUGCCAAAUGAGCUGCUCUUUUUUGGAGUCGGUCGAGAGAAGAUAGCCCCAUUUGAGCUGCUGCCAAGGAGUAUUUGGAAGUUUACUACCGUAAUUUGAAGAGUGAUAGGCUGAAAAACAAUGCCACAUUUCUUGUGGCCAGAGUCGCUGUCAGCCGCUCAACUCAAGCGGCUGGAGGAGCAUAAAUACAGCGCCUCUGGUCGAUCCCUGUUUGAGCCACCGUGUCAAAUCUACUGGAACUGGCUCAUCCAGCAAACUCCGACAUGGAUCGCACCAAACACUCUGACCAUAGUUGGACUGCUGGUCAAUAUCAUCUCCACGGUGGUGCUUGUGUAUUAUUGUCCCACGGCAACAGAGGAGGCUCCAUCAUGGGCCUUCAUCAUGAGUGCUCUGGGCUUGUUCAUCUACCAGUCUCUGGACGCCAUCGAUGGGAAGCAGGCCAGGAGGACAAACAGCAGCUCAGCUCUGGGGGAGCUCUUCGACCACGGCUGCGAUGCCGUCUCGACAGUCUUUGUUGCUGUGGGAACGUGCAUUUCGUGUGGAAUAGGAAGAUACCCAAACUGGAUGUUCUUCUGUGGUUUCAUCGGGAUGUUCAUGUUCUUCUGCGCUCACUGGCAGACCUACGUGUCCGGGACCCUCCGCUUUGGCCUGAUUGACGUGACAGAGGUGCAGGUCGCCAUCAUUAUCAUGUACUUGAUGUCGGCUUUCGGAGGCGUUAGCCUUUGGCAAACCACGCUGCCCCUCAUUGGACUGAAGCUGUAUGCCUUCCCCAUCAUGGGCAUCAUCGGUGGAGCCCUCUACUCCUGCUACAACUACUUCCAUGUCAUUUUGAAUGGAGGUGUCGGCAAAAACGGCUCUACUGUGGCUGACACCAGUGUGCUGAGUCCUGGUAUGCACGUCGGACUCAUCCUCACUCUGGCCUUCAUCAUUUUCAAGAAGUCGUCCAGCCACCUGUUCGAGCACCACCCCUGUUUGUACCUGCUUGCCUUUGGCAUGGUCUUGUCCAAGAUCUCCAACAAGCUGGUGAUCGCACACAUGACCAAGAGUGAGUUGCACCUCCCGGACACAGCCUUCAUAGGUCCCGGACUCCUCUUCCUCAACCAGUACUUCAACAGCUUCAUUGAUGAGCACAAAGUACUCUGGAUCGCCAUGGUCCUCUCUUUCCUGGAUCUAGCGCGCUACUGUACGGGCGUGUGCCUCCAGAUCGCCUCCCACCUGCGCAUCCGAGUCUUCAGCAUCACGCCGCCGAGCAACACCCACCGCGACUGACGGCUUGCCCGGCGGGAGGAGGCGGGGGGAGACGCGGACCUCUCCCCGCUCCUGAAAGCAGACGACGAUGACGAGGAGACGCCCUCGCCCACGAGCCACUGCAGCCUUGACAAAGUGACCACUUCUGAAUAAAAACUGCCUCUCACACCAGAUGGAAAAUAAUACCAUCACAACACUACAAACCAAAAAAGAAAAAAGAGGGAAAAAAAGGUUUUGAAAAGCAUGGAUCUGUUCAAUGGAAAAUACAUGGAACCAGUUUCCCUUGGAAUUCCUCAAUGGCUGUUUUAGCCGAUAAGUUUUAAUUUAAACAUCAGUGCAUGUCGUCAGAAAAUUUAGAAAUGCAUUCUUUACAUUUUCUGCUUAUUCAACUGAAAUACCAAAAUGUUUUCUUUUACAGGUAUUUUAUAGUUUGGGCAAAUAUCAAAGCAUUUUAGUCUGAUUUAAAUUUACAGAGGUGCCUCCUAUGUGUGGGACUGUCAUAUAUUUAAGAUGCAUAAAUAUAGAACAAUCAGAAUAGCUCAAUAAGGUAAAAUCUCUUUGAUAUAUGUCCAAAGUAAAUGGAUCACCUGUUUUCUUAAUCAUUUGUUUUUAUUUAUUAAAUGAACCCAAUCUGACAUGAAUCAGGGGCUUUAAAAUACAGAUUAAAUUCUUUAAAUGACCUUUAAAACCUCAUAAAUUCCAAUGAAGUUUGCAAUGUGGACCGGCAGGUUGUCAGCGUGCUACGUGGAGGGUUAGCAGUCUGUGUUAGUGCUGAAAAAAGACGACAGGUUUUUCUCUCGGGCUUCUCUUAUAAGCACCUUUCUGUUAAGAUUUUUCUCUCCUGGCAUUCAUCUCAUCCUACAGUCCUGAAAAUAAAAAACCACCUCAUCUCCAGCCUUUAGAGCGCCGUCGACUGAUGAAGCAUUAACACACGACUUGUUCUGCUUUCUCUUUUCUUCUCCCUGAAGGGCUAAUAGUUAAUUAUUUGUGAUUGUACAGAAUUCAACUGAAGACGCCUUAAAUAUUUUUGUUGUAAUUACUGUUUAACUUGUGAAUAUUUAAAACUGCUUUGUACGUUCUUUUCAUACCUGAUACAACAAUACUAAGAAUACAAUGCAACUGGAAGGUAUUUUUUUUAUCAAUUCACUCAUGAAGUUUCUUCACUUAUACACAUGUAUUAUGUACAGUAUAGGUGAGUGAUUCAUUUGGAGGUGGAAGCUUUGUUGGAGUAUCAGUAAUUUUGUAAUGAUUGAUUAUUACUGAAUAGUUGUAAUCUGACUAACUCAUUAUUCAGGUUCACUGGGAUCAAAAGGGAUAUUUCUGUCAGAGCAAUUUAAGGGUCAAAAAAAUUAUUUUGGAAAAAUAAAACUUCCUCUCAGAUUCUGCUUCUGCAGGAUUAUGGACAUCAUAGGGGGGGCAUGUCCUAAAAAGAUAGUUUUGCAUAAUUUGCGAUGGACUUUGGAACUAUGCAUUGAAAUGUACAACCUUGAUUUCAACACCAUGUUGCACUGUUAUAAUACAAUAAAACACCUUUCUACUAACAGAUAUGAGUGGAAAAAUUGUAAUAAAAUA